AUGGAACGGGUGUACAGACAGGAAGCUGUUGUGGUUGUGGUUGUGGUUGUGGGCGGUCCAAAAUUCUGGGGAUCGAAGAGAGGGAAUGCCAAGUCUUCACCUGCAAGAUUUGCCCAGAUGAAUGACGACAACGUCUACAUUUCAUGUCCACCGUACCAGUACCUGGGUAACGGCCUAUGA